UAAAAUACCUAAUGCUAAAUGUUUUUGUUCAAAAUGCCAACCAAAAGGUGGAAAACUUUUAUCUUGGAGGACUUGGCGAAAACAUCAAAGGAAUAAAAAUACUAGCCAUAUGUUUUCCAUCCCAAAAAAUUCACUAUCUAAUUCUAAUCGGCCUAUUUCAACUUCAAUAAGUCGAGAGCCUAUAACAUUCAAUACAUUGAAUUAUGGCGAUAAUGAAAAUAUAACAGAUUAUUUGGACAAUGUGAAUGAAAUAAAUUCUUUCGAUAAUGAAAAUGAAAUGAAUUUCGAUAUUGCGCAGAUAGAUGAAUUUGAACAAAAUAACAUAGAUCGACAACAAAUAGGAGUUCAUAUCAUAAAACAAUUACCACUGGAUAAUUUGGAACUAGCUGAAUAUGAUAGCGAUUUUCAAAGUGAUCAUGACAGUACUUCUACUCCAAGCGAAGAUCAUUCCGAUCAAA